AUGGCGCCUCCUCCGGUUCAUUACCUGAUCCCCAUAUUUCCUGGCUUUCAGCUACUCGACCUGACGGGUCCACUGGACAUCCUCAACCUCCUCUCUAUCGUCACCACCAAUUCCGAGCUCCGCCUUACUUUCAUCUCUGAAACUCUCGACCCAGUUCCCACGAAACCCAUUCCGCCUGCUGUUGCAGACUGGUCUUUCGACUUGGAGACUGCUUUCCCGCACACGAAAGGAAAGGUGAAUACCACCUUCAAUGAAUAUCUACAGCCGGACACCACGUACGCGGAAUACCUCAAAGCCCUCGAGACUGGUGAAAACAGCCAACCUGUCGAUGUCCUUCUCAUUCCCGGGGGAAUUGGCACCAGACUGGCUCGUGUCCACCAAGACGGAAGCAAGACGUCCAAUAUCAAAAGCCUGCUGGAUUUCGUUCCUCAAGUCGCUCCUCACAUUCGCACCGCCAUAAUCACGGUCUGCACUGGAUCCGAUGCCCUGGCGCAGACGGGUUUGCUCCACAAUCGUCGAGCAACAACCAACAUGGCUCGAUUUGCAGAGGUGGCACAGAGAAAUCCCAAUGUUCUUUGGCAGCAUGCUGCCAGGUGGGUUCGUAGCCUGCCAUCGGAAGCGCCAGGAAGCACGCCCAUCGAAAUCUGGAGCUCCGCCGGGAUCAGUGCCGGCAUGGAUGUGACUCUGGCAUUUAUUGCGCAUUUUUACGGAGGCCGGGAUGUCGCACGAGGUCUAGCUAAGUCUUUGGAAUACGAUUGGCGAGAAAUCGCCGAGGGAGAAAAAGACCCUUUGUAUGAGAAGUACUACAUGGCUUGA